CCAUAUAUAGCUAUUCAUUGGAGAAUGGAGAAUGGACAGCCAUCGUUAAUUCCAAAAUGUGCAAAGAACCUAAUUAAGACGGUGAAAAAAAUUCAAAAUCAAUACGGAAUAAAAAAUGUAUAUCUUGCAGCUGAUUUUCCGCUUAAUAGCGGUAGAGCUCAAUCAGAUUCAUUUCGAAAACUUUCAAAUUUUCAUAAAGAAGCCAUUAAAAUACUUGGAUUAAAUAAUAGUUUUGUAAAUAGUUCCGAUCAUAUAAAAUUCAAUACAUGGGUUUCAAUGGACGGGUUAUCACAAAUUAGAAACGAUCCAAAGUAUGCGAAAGAAUUUAAAGGGCCUGGUAUACAAGGAAUACUUGAUAAAUUAAUUUGCAUAAACGCAAAAUAUUUUUUAAGGGGACCAAAAGGUUGCGCUAGGGUAACUAGUAGUUUUACACAAGCUAUCAUUAAGGAAAGAAAAAUGUUGAUAGAUAAAAAUGAUUUGAUUAAUACUGAUUCUUUUUGGUGA